AUGGAUCGUUUCCAAUCACUGUCCAGGGGCCCGUCUCCUGUCUACCCAUCUCAGUGUCAGUCUGUGAGAAUGCCAGGCUGUUGGCCACAAGCUCCUAAGCCUUUGUACUCAGCUCUGGGCAGGGGAGAACCUAGAGGGAGAAGCCACGCCUUUGCAAAGUCAGAGGAACCACAAAGGGCACCUGUGAGUUUGGUCUCCAUGUUCCGAGGCAUGGGCCUUGAAACAGCUUCCCAGACCCCUCGGGAAAUGCCUCUUUUAGGUUCAGGCAGAGGCAUUUUAGGUCGAGGCUUGUCUGCUAAUACGGUGUGCAGAGACAAAGAGGAACCCCGUCCCACUUUUCCGGAUCUUUCAGUGUUGGCAGCUGGGGAUAGCAAGAUGGCAGAGGCCUCUGUUGAUUGGAAUAGGAUGCUUGGAAGAGGGAGUUCGAAUGCUUCCUUGUUACCACUGGGAAGAGCAGCUGGUGGUAUCAGCAGAGGAAUGGACAAGCCUCCCGGUACCUUCAGCCCAAAUUACCAGGACCCCCCACAGCUGUCGUUGCCACCAGCUCUGCCGCAGUCCUCAUUGUGCUCUCCUGGUCACCCACUGGAUGUGACGGUGGAACACACGAAAAAAGAGCUUUUAGUAAAGCAAGGAUCAAAAGGAACACCUCAAACUUUGGGACUGAACCUCAUCAAAAUACAGUGUCAAAACGAAGCAGUUUAUCAAUAUCAUGUGACUUUCAGCCCCAGUGUGGAGUGCAAAAGCAUGAGGUUUGGCAUGUUGAAGGACCAUCAAGCUAUCACCGGAAAUGUCACUGCUUUUGAUGGAUCCAUUCUCUACUUGCCUAUUAAGCUUCAACAAGUUAUUGAGGUAAAAAGUCAAAGGAAAACGGAUGGUGCCGAAAUCAGCAUUAAGAUUCAACUGACAAAAAUCCUGGAGCCCUGUUCUAACUUGUGCAUUCCCUUCUACAAUGUUGUUUUCCGUCGGGUAAUGAAACUUUUAGAUAUGAAGCUUGUGGGGAGAAACUUUUAUGACCCUACUAGUGCUAUGGUACUACAGCAUCACAGAUUGCAGAUCUGGCCAGGCUAUGCAGCUAGCAUCCGGAGGACAGAUGGAGGUCUUUUCCUGCUCGCUGAUGUCUCCCAUAAGGUCAUUCGGAAUGAUUCCGUGCUGGACAUCAUGCAUGUCAUACAUCAGCAGAGUAAAGAGCACUUCCAGGACGAGUGUACUAAGCUUCUGGUUGGCAGUAUUGUGAUCACCCGAUACAACAAUCGUACCUAUCGCAUUGAUGAUAUGGACUGGAAUAAGACUCCAAAAGACAGCUUCACCAUGUCCGAUGGGAAGGAGAUUACAUUCUUGGAAUACUACAGCAAAAACUAUGGGAUCACAGUUAAGGAGGAGAACCAGCCACUGCUAAUCCACAGGCCCAGUGAGAGACAGAAUAACCAUGGGAUGCUGCUAAAACGUGAAAUCCUGCUGCUGCCUGAGCUUUCUUUUAUGACUGGAAUCCCAGAAAAGAUGAAGAAGGACUUCAGAGUCAUGAAGGAUCUGACCCAGCAGAUUAAUCUGAGCCCCAAACAGCACCAUUGUGCUUUGCAAUGCUUGCUUCAGAGAAUUUCAAAGAAUGAGAAAGCCAGCAAUGAAUUGAUGCGUUGGGGACUCUGUCUGCAAAAAGACGUACAUAAGAUUGAAGGACGUAUUCUACCAAUGGAAAGAAUUAACUUAAGAAAUACUUCAUUUAUCACAUCUCAGGAACUAAACUGGGUUAAGGAAGUAACCAGAGACCCUCCCAUCUUGACCAUCCCUCUGCAUUUCUGGGCACUUUUUUACCCAAAGAAAGCACUGGAUCAGGCCCGAGAACUGGUCAACAUGUUAGAGAAAGUAGCUGGCCCCAUUGGCAUGCGCAUGAGCCCUCCUGCCUGGGUUGAACUAAAGGACGACCGAAUAGAGACCUAUGUCAGAACUGUUAAAUCCAUGUUGGGAGUUGAGGGAAAGAUACAAAUGGUUGUUUGUAUCAUCAUGGGCACAUGUGAUGAUCUCUAUGGGGCCAUCAAGAAGCUGUGCUGUGUGCAGUCUCCAGUGCCCUCCCAGGUUAUCAAUGUUCGUGUCAUUGGACAGCCCACCAAGCUUCGAAGUGUGGCCCAGAAAAUUUUACUUCAGAUUAACUGUAAAUUGGGUGGUGUGCUCUGGGGAGUGGAUAUUCCUCUGAAACAAUUAAUGGUGAUUGGCAUGGAUGUCUACCACGACCCCAGCAGAGGCAUGCGCUCCGUGGUUGGCUUCGUUGCAAGCAUCAAUCUCACCCUCACAAAAUGGUAUUCACGAGUGGUAUUCCAGAUGCCUCAUCAGGAAAUUGUGGAUAGCCUGAAGCAGUGCCUGGUGGGCUCCUUAAAAAAGUAUUAUGAGGUGAAUCACUGUUUACCAGAGAAGAUUGUGGUGUACCGUGAUGGAGUAUCUGAUGGCCAACUGAAGACAGUUGCCAACUAUGAGAUUCCUCAGCUACAGACGUGUUUUGAAGCUUUUGAGAAUUAUAAGCCCAAGAUGGUGGUAUUUGUAGUUCAGAAGAAAGUCAGUACUAAUCUGUACCUGGAUGCUACUCAGCACUUUGUGACUCCCUCUCCUGGGACUGUGGUAGAUCAUACAAUAACAAGUUGUGAGUGGGUGGAUUUCUACCUUCUAGCCCAUCAUGUCCGGCAGGGCUGUGGCAUCCCUACGCAUUAUGUCUGUAUUCUGAACACCGCAAACCUGAGCCCUGAUCAUAUGCAGAGGUUAACUUUCAAACUAUGCCACAUGUACUGGAAUUGGCCUGGCACCAUCAGAGUUCCAGCUCCUUGCAAGUAUGCCCACAAGCUAGCUUUCCUGUCAGGACAGGUCUUGCAUCACGAACCAGCCAUCCAGCUGUGUGAGAACUUGUUCUUCCUGUGACUGCACAGCCUGGAUAGAGACUGGUUAGGAGAAACUCAGCUUCUCAGCUCAGCUGUGACCCCUGUAGAAUCAACAGCGAUUGAAGUGGGCUUUUGUGUUGACGUUUUCCCUUUCUCCAACCCUGUGGAAUAAGAUUUCUCCUGUUCUUUUUUUUCUUUUAAACCUGAUA